CAAGGACAAAGGGCUAUGUUCAGAGCAUAGGACCCUGCACCUGCCUACUCCCCUCUUCUGACCUGUCUCAACCCUAGAAAAUGGGAGUUGGCCCCUGGCCCAUCCCCUCUUAACACUCCUCUGGGGAAGAGGCAGUAAAAUGUAAGGAGGAACAAAGCCCAGAGGGAAUUGGGUGACAGGGAAAGCUUCCCUAAUCCUAAUCCCCCAUCCCUUCCUCACAUAUGUUCCUGACCUCUACUUGUAAGCUGGUUGCUGAGGUAAUGGUGAGAGUGUGGGGCAUUGUCCUGGUGGAAGCAAAUCUGGACAGCCCAGGCAGGUUUCUAGGACUAUAUUAUGGACUUAUGCCACUGCAGUUCUGGUUCUCCUUACCGCCUCAACCCCAUCCUGAGGGCUGUGCAUCUUUCUGCCCAUUUCAAUCAGGGAUGAAUGAGGAGACUGGAAAAAUAAAACGUGUUGUAAAGUUGAUUGUGUACUAUGUGCCUGUAUUUCAGGGAAGAAAAUUUAGUUUGUGUGAUUAUCACUGGUGGGCGGAGGUGGGCAAAAUGACCUUUAAUCCAGUGUUUCACUCCUUCACCUGGAGAACUCUCCUCCGCCCACAGCAUACACCUACACAAUGCCACUCCCUAGGUCACUUUGCAUGGAUACACACCUCUCCUUAUUCUUUUGGAUACACCCAGGCUAUCCUAGUGAUUUUGUUAAAAAUGAGACGUGAAAAUAUAUGUUUUGUUGCUCAACUUUCAACUGGCUGACUGGGAAAUUUAAAUUCACAUGGUCAGAAAUGCUGUUUGGACAUUAAGUCUCCUCCUCAAGGAACUAGAAACAGAUCUCCUGAAUUAAAUGGUCUUCUUGGGGUACUUGCAGGGUCUUAACUUCAACAAUGGAAGAUAAAUUCAUAUGUUAGGGGGGCGGAAUAGGAAGAUAGGUGGGAGUAGCCUUGUAGUGGCAAGCCCAGAGUGCCUGGAACUUUUGGCUGCUUAUUUAUUCAAUAAUUCUUUACUGAGCACCUACUAUGAACUAGGUAUAGAACUUUUGUUCAUUUAUUUAGCUAUUCAGCACAUAUUUCUUGAGUGCCUCCUAUAUACUAGGCCCUGAGGAUAUAAUAGUAAACAGAAGCCAGACAUGGUCCUUGUCACCAUAGAACUCACAAUCUAGCAGGUAAGACAAUCAUUAAUGAAAGAAUCACAAAUACAUAAUCACCAUAUGUUAAGUGUUUCAAAGGAAAGGUAGUUGAUGUUACAAGAACAUAUAGUAGGGGAGCUGAGAACAAAUUUGAUGGGGGGAGGGAGACCAGUUGAAAGGCUGCUGCAAUUAAACUGACAAAAGAAGAUGAUAGUUUGGGCUAGAGUGGAAGCAUUAGAGCUGGAGAAAGUGGACUGAUUUGCUAUGGCCCAUAUGUUCACAUCAGACCUUCCCCUUCUUUCAGGGGACAGACGAAAGGUGGGUCAAGACCAAAUUUCUCUACAGGUGACUUUUUUAGCCAGAAAACAACUAAAACAGAAACCGGGGGAUUUCCUCCAGUGUGUGUGUACCAUUUAUUGAACCCUUAGUAUGUGCCAGGACCAACAUUGUCAUAUCUGAAUCUCACAACAAUCCGGUGUAGUAGGUGUCAUUAGCCCCAUUUCAUAGAAGAGUCUCUGAAAGUUUCGGUGAUGUGUUCAAAGUCAAGUGUUGGAGCUAGGAUUGGCGCAUUCAAAGACUAGUUCUUUUCAACACAUCAAAUUAGGAUCACGGGCUUCUGAUGUCUUGAAUGCAUUGUUCAUUCCUCUAGUCUACGUUUCAACUUUGCUGCUACUAGGAGAAGUCCUACAUUCUCCGUGGUCAGAGAACUCCACUGCGAGAGACCCUUAUUCGCUCCGGAACUAGGGAGCGAGGGCCUUGUUCCCGGACAGGAGAGAAAUAGCUCUGUUCCCGGAAGCCGCGUGCUGCAUCCCCCCCCACCGGCUUCCUUGAGGGGGGUGAGGCUACAGCGGACUGCCCUUCCCCAAGAUGGCGUCGAAGGUGGGUUCGCGACGGUGGGUGCUGCAGCUGAUUAUGCAGUUGGGUUCGGUGCUGCUUACGCGCUGCCCCUUCUGGGGCUGCUUUAGCCAGCUCAUGUUGUACGCUGAGAGGGCGGAGGCUCGCCGGAAGCCUGACAUCCCAGUGCCCUACCUGUACUUCGACAUGGGGGCUGCCGUGCUGUGCGCUAGCUUCAUGUCCUUCGGGGUGAAGCGGCGUUGGUUCGCGCUGGGAGCCGCACUUCAGCUGGCCAUUAGCACCUACGCCGCCUACAUUGGGGGCUAUGUCCACUACGGGGACUGGCUGAAGGUCCGUAUGUACUCGCGCACGGUUGCCAUCAUUGGUGGCUUUCUCGUGCUGGCCAGUGGUGCUGGGGAGCUCUACCGCCGGAAACCCCGCAGCCGUUCCCUGCAGUCCACCGGCCAGGUGUUCCUGGGCAUCUACCUCAUCUGCGUGGCUUCUCAGUCUGCUGGAGAGUCUGAAAAGAUGGUGUGUCUCCAGGCCUACUCGCUGCAGCACAGUAAAGAGGACCGGCUGGCAUAUCUGAACCAGCUGCCAGGAGGAGAGCUGAUGAUCCAGCUGUUCUUUGUGCUGUAUGGCAUCCUGGCCCUGGCCUUCCUGUCAGGCUACUACGUGACCCUGGCUGCCCAGAUCCUGGCUGUGCUGCUGCCCCCAGUCAUACUGCUCAUCGAUGGCAAUGUUACCUACUGGCACAACACACGGCGUGUCGAGUUCUGGAACCAGAUGAAGCUCCUUGGAGAGAGUGUGGGCAUCUUUGGGGCCGCCAUCAUUCUGGCCACUGAUGGCUGAGUUGCAGGGCGAGAGGCUGAGCUGGGCGCAGGGAGCCACAGAGGGCCACCCUGCCAUCUUCCUUGCUGGCCUGGUUGCUGUUUGUCCUUUUUGAUCUGUUUGUUUGAUCCUUUGCUUUUUUUGCCUUGGUAGGAGGCAGGUCCCUUCCCCAAAUUCCUGGGCUCAGCUCUUGGGAGGGUAGGAGCCCUGAUGCUGAUGCCUCGUGGAUUUGUUCCUGUUCAUUUGAAGGAGAGUUGAGGGCCAGCUGCACCCGAGGAUCUCCUGUCCCUGAAAAGGGACUAAGGCAGGGCUGGGGUGGGGGCACCGAGCAGUGGGAGACAGGAGAAGGAAGAUGGAGAACUAGAAGUGAGCAAAAAUGAAAAAUUCCUUUUUGAACCUGGAGGAUGCAGCUAGGCUCUGCAGUGCUUUGUGGAGACUGUGAGAGUGGGUAUGUGUGUUGGCACACAUGCCUGGGAGGAGCAGAGGGCCCAGGCACCACAGAAGUCACGUGGGUUCUCAGGGUACUCUGGGGCAGGUAGUACCAGCCCUUUACCGUCCACUUGGAGAGCAGCGCAGGCCCUGUCUGCUCUCGAGUAUGCAUGGGUCGGGUGGGCAGCAGCCAGCUUCCCACCUCCUGCUGUCUGUUUCCAGCUUUGUGGUUGCCCUGGUGAGAGUGAAGUACCCUCCCAAACACCAGACCACACAGUCCUCCAAAAAUAAACAUUUUAUAUCAA